UAAUGUAAAAUUUAAUUGAUGAGGAGCGUAAGUAUGGGUGCGCUAAUACACAUACCAAAGGCACUUGAUAUACACACCGUAUAAUACACUAUCUUCUUUCGCAAAAAUGGCGAGAUUAUAUGAUAACAUCUCAGACUUUUGGACUUCCGAUGAGGAGGGUACAGAGGAAAGUCAUCGCGUCACAUCUGGUCUAGGCCAUCCCAUGAGAGAUGUAGAUAAUCAUAGGAAUGCUGACCAUCCGUUGGAUUUUUCAUUGGCUUUUAGAAAUCCUCUUGAUUCCGUUGGAUGGAUUCCAACUAUAGAAAAUACACAGGAGAAGUAUUCAGUCUUUGACAUACUUGACCGUGAAGAUUAUGACAAAAGGUUUGAUAUUGAUAUAGACGUUUUGGAAAGACAGCUUUUUGGCGAAUCUAUGCACUAUGAUGAAGAAGAAUUCCACUUGAAUGUAUCUGAAAUACCGGACUGUUUGGAUACAUCGUACGACGUAGACACAAGCAUUGGAGAAUAUCCACACUGCGAAGCUGUUGCAGAAAACUCUCUACAAACCGCAAGAGAUGCAACAACUGUCGUUAAAAUACGCCACUUGGAAAAUGUAGAUGAAUCUCUCUCCAAUGAUAUGGUGGUACCCAAGCCGGAAGAGGGAAAACAAUAUAUACGGACAAAGUGGUCAGUUGUAGAUGAUUCGUCUACGCCUGAAUUGGAAGACCUUGUUAUAGAGUAUCCUUUUGAAUUAGAUGAUUUUCAAAAACGUGCUAUUUAUCAUUUACAUAAGAUGAAGCAUGUUUUCGUUGCUGCACAUACGUCUUCGGGUAAGACUGUAGUGGCAGAAUACGCAAUUGCGCUUGCGCUUAGCAGGGGUAAAAAAGCCGUAUAUACAAGUCCGAUAAAAGCUUUGAGUAACCAGAAAUUUAGAGAGUUCACAAAGAGAUAUGGAAAUGAAACAGUAGGUAUAAUAACUGGGGACGUAUCAUGUAAUCCCAACGCUCCCUGUCUAAUAGUAACAACGGAAAUUCUGCGGAACCUAUUAUAUCGUGGUGAUCCAAUUAUAGGUCAACUUGGUGUGGUAAUAUUCGAUGAAGUGCACUAUAUCAACGAUUUUCAACGUGGAGUGGUAUGGGAAGAGGUUUUUAUAAUGUUGCCUAAAUCUAUCCAAUUAGUCAUGCUUAGCGCUACAGUUCCGAACUAUGCUGAGUUUGCAGACUGGAUUGGAGCAAUUAUGGAACGUGAGGUAAUAACUAUAGUUACAACCAGGCGCCCGGUACCUUUGGUCCACUUUAUGUAUAUUUACAACAGGAUUUUUUUGCUUCUCGAUAACAAGGGUGUGUUCAACAAAGAUGCAUACCACAACAUGUAUAAAAUUUCUUCACAAAAUAAAGGUUCUAGCAUCAAACGUACAACAUUUAAAGGCCAGGUACAAAAGUUGCAGCGAUUAAUCCGGCAUCUGGAAAUGACUCAGAAAUUACCUGUGGUACUAUUUUGUUUCAGUAGAGCAAAAUGCGAAUCCUACGCAAGAGAGAUGCCUAACCUCAAUUUGAAUUCUAAUCAUGUGCAACGUUCCAAGAUACAUAUAUUCCUGAAAGAAUCGUUAUCCAGCAUAAGCGAGGACGACAGGGACCUCAUGCAGGUCAAAAGCAUAAUUAAGUUAUUGUACAGAGGUAUAGGGGUACACCAUUCUGGACUGUUACCUCUGAUGAAAGAGAUAGUUGAAAUACUCUUUUCACGGGGGUUGAUUAAGGUUUUGUUUGCUACUGAGACUUUUGCGAUGGGUGUAAAUAUGCCAGCCCGAUCUGUUAUUUUCACUUCUAUUCAUAAGCACGACGGUCAAAAGACGCGCCAUCUUACCGCAUCUGAAUAUACCCAAAUGGCUGGUAGAGCUGGCAGGAGGGGCCUGGAUUCCUUUGGUAGUGUAUAUAUUUUCUGUCCAGAUGACCCGCCAGAUCUUCAGGACUUGACCACAAUGAUGUUCGAGAAGUCUACCAAGCUUGAGAGUAAAUUCCGUAUAACUUACAACAUGCUGCUCCAAGUACACUCUAGGGAGCAUAUGAACAUAACAGAGAUGAUGUUGAAGUCUUUCAAGGAGACGUAUAAAAUGAAGAACAUUCCAAUAUUCAAGCGUGACAAUAUACGCAAACGUCAGGAGCUUUCUACAAUUCCCAAAGUGGAUUGUAUUUACGGCGAGCCUUCGAUUGAGGAGUAUCACAAAUUGGAUGGGUGCUCUCGAACGAUUGCUGACAACCUUAAUGAAUCGCUAUGGAAUCACCGCGAGAACGCGCAGAUAUUUAAAGCAGGUCGUGUGAUUAUGGUACAUUCGUUGGCAGUUUGUAAUACAAGCUGUUACGGAUCUAUUGUUGUCUCACCCAAAGGAAAGAGUUCAACCCUUAAAGUUCUAUUGCUUUUGCCAGAUUUAUACGACGAAGGCAAAGCUUAUGACAAAGUGCAUACUACCAUAAGCUCGUAUAAUCACGAUCAAAUCCAUUUUUCAGUAUGCGAAUCAGUUCGCAUAUCCAACAUUUCGUUCAUCUACAACAAUGUAAUCAACAUGAAAACGAUGCAGGGCGUUACUGAAGACUUGAGUAUAACUUUGCUUAGCUCUGUCGCAUCUGAAUUGCACAAAUUGCUGCUGACAUCAAAAAUCGAGUUACUGGCUUUUAAUAAACAGCUGAAGCAAACUUCGAUUCAGUUUUAUGACGUCAUGUUAAAACAGCGUGACAUAUAUCAUGAGAUCUCCUUGAACCCGUGUAACAAGUGCCAUCUUCGUGAGAAGCACUACUCUAUCCAGGAAAGGGUCGAGUCGUGCCGCAACGAACUUGAGCGCAUAACGAGUCUAUUGAAGGAGGAAUCUUUAUCAUCUUAUGAUGAGAUGGUAGCCAAGGUUGAGGUGUUGAAACAGUUGGACUUUCUGGAUGAAAACGGGAAACCAACCGUCAAGGGCAGAAUAGCAACUUACCUUACAACAGGUGAUGAAAUCACACUAACGGAAACCAUAACUCAGAAUGUGCUCAAUGAUCUGGAGCCCGAGGAAUGCGCCGCCAUUCUUUCAGCCUUUGUGCACAACGAUCGGUCCCCUGAGAAGGAGGUACCAUCCCCAACGGCGGCCAUUCAAAAGGCCCGUGAUAUGGUAUUAGAUUUACACAGCAAGGUAGAUGUGGUACAGCGUGCUCUGAACGUCGUUGUAUCACGUGAAGACCAUAGUGCGCUCUGCAACUUUUCUUUGUCUUAUGUGAUUUAUCAGUGGGCUAUAGGCACUCCAUUUAGCGAGAUAAUGCAGUAUACAGAUUUACAGGAAGGUCACAUUGUGAGGGCGAUAACACGUCUUGAUGAAUUAUGCCGUAAAAUUGGCCAGGUGGCCAACAUAAACGGGGAUCAGGCGUUGCAAUCAAAGAUAGAGAAGGUUUCCAACUCUAUAAAGAGGGGCAUAGUAUUCAUGCCAUCCCUGUAUUUAUCGUAAACCAAACAUGAAACGUUAGCUUUU